AGCCCUCAAAGCCUCGGACCUUAACAAUAGGGAAGACCUUGUGAAUUUUGUCCUCCGGCCUGCCAGGGCUAGGCGCAUAUUUCUUAUCCUCUUAUAUAUGUCGGAGGAAAGGGAGAAGCUAUCUUUCCUUGCAAAUUUCCUAGAGCAUGGAUUGACCGACGCUUCGCUACCAGUCGAAAAACACCAACUUCAUUUGAUCUUCACAUCUCAGAACGAUCGAGCCCUUUUUUGCAGUUAUCAGCACAUGGUGACAUCACCAGAAUUUGGCAAAGACAAGUUUCGAUUCAAACUUCAUACCAACACGAUUCUGCCUUAUCUCAAGAGCUAUGAUCCAUCGGGUCGCGGAUUUUUUGGUGAAGUAUCUCGCAUGGAUAUUCACCCGUCGCACAUCCCGGCAGGCGUUAGAUCAACUCGCGGGGAAACUGCCUCCAUCGCUGUAAAAACAGCAAAUAAUCACGAUCAAAUCACCAGAUUCUUUGAACAGGAAGCAACAGCUCUGGAGAGAUUAAAGAACCAUAACUCGCCAAACCUGGUACAGCCAAUUGCUGCCUACGAAUACAAGAAACAAAAAUGUCUCGUCUUCCCUUGGGCACAUGGCGGAGAUCUUUACAAGUUUUGGGAAGCCUAUCAAGGAAAAACAGUUGAUCUUAAAUGGAUCAUCUCUCAGUUCACUGGGCUUUGUUCCGUACUCAAUGAUCUCCAUAAGAUUAAUUGUAGGCAUGGAGAUUUGAAGCCCGACAAUAUCCUUUGGUACAGGGAUAAGGAUGGAUUGGGGACCCUGAAGAUCGCUGAUCUGGGCCUAGCCGCCUUUCAUAUUAAAACCACUGGAGAUCGAAGAGGCAUACAGACUAUGACUCCGACAGGAACAGCGCGAUAUGAACCACCUGAAACAGCCGAAAAUAAGACUGGUGAGCGAUCACGGAUGUACGACAUCUGGUCAAUGGGUUGCAUUAUGCUGGAGCUGCUGAUAUGGCUUACCCAAGGCAUAGACGCCGUUGACAAACUCGGAAAGGCAACAGAUUACUUCUGGAAACGCGACGAUUCGUCCCAGAGGUAUGAGAUCCAUCCUGAGGUGAGAAAAUACAUUAAGGAACUGCAUAAUCAUGAAGCUGUCCUGGGAAACCAAACAUACAGUGAUCUCUUGACAGUCGUGACGAAUGGGCUACUGGUGGUCUCUUUACAGUCGGAUACCAACCAAAGUGCACAUCGAUACGAAGCAUCCAAACUCUAUGAGCAGAUGCUCGUAAUCGAUAACAAUUAUCAAGGCAAUGUCUCAGUGCAACCAAGUCAAGCGAGGUCCACGACAGGCCGACACAGGCAAAAAUGUCGCAGCCAAAAUGCAGUCGGUAAGAUGAAUGAACAACGGCCAAGCAACAACUAUGCUAAUAAACCUAAGAUUCAAGCGAGCCAACUUUAUAACGUUUGGCAGAGUUCUUCGGACAAUCAGUUCGCGGCACAUUUUCUCAGUCUGGUAGGCUGGGAUAAUGUAAAGCCCGAUUCAAACUCAGCUCUAAGUAAUUUGUGUGCUCGAUGUAGCAGCAUUAAGACGACACCGCUAUUUUCUUCAGCCCUUGCCGUCGAGAUCCAAGCAAAUUGCGAUUUGUGUUCGAUGCUGUCGAUAGCAUUGGACAAGCAAGGCAUUAUAUCGCCGGAAGGGGUUCGCAUUCAACAGAAGGACGGCGCUAUCGGUGUUGUUGAUGCCCCCUAUCUCCUCUCGGUUUACUCCGAACCAGGCCAAUCGGUACCCCAUGGGGCGCGGCUGGGCCUUCCCCAACUCCCAGCUCAAGGUAGCACUGAGCAGUUCUUACUUUUGAAGGAAUGGGCACGAGUGUGCGGCCUGGAACAUGAAAAGUGUCGCUCUGGGAAAGAUCAAAUUGUCAAGGCAAUGCCAACACGACUCAUCUCAGUCCACGAACCCGUUCACCUUUUGGAUUCUUCCUCCAUUAAUCCGACCGAUUAUAUAGCACUAAGCCACUGUUGGGGGAAGUUAACGGAGGAUCAGAAGUUCUGCACUUACAAGCGCAACAUCGCUCAGGUGAGAACGAAAAUCGACACUGAUCGGCUACCAAAAACAUUCCGAGAUGCCAUCGUUGUCACCAGAGGAAUGGGUAUACAGUAUCUCUGGAUAGACUCUUUGUGUAUCAUCCAGGACGAUGCUAUCGACUGGAAGCAAGAGGCUGGCAAAAUGGAACAAGUGUUCAGUGGCGCUUACUGUACCAUCGGUGCCACAGCAGCCAAGUCAUCAGUGGAUGGUUUCCUUAACGACCGUUCGACGCGACCCUAUGCUCUGGAUCUGCCCUGCCAUCGAUGA